CUAACAUUCAAAGUUGUUUAACUUCUUUGUCAAAAGCGCAUGAAAUACCGACCUAAUCAAUGAAUUCAAGCAACCAGGUGAAAUAAAGGCGAGACAAUAUCCAUCCCUUACCAUGAAGUUCUUGCUGAAAGUAUCCUAUAACCAGCUGGACUCGACGGACUCUCUACCAAAGUUCUCCAGCUAUGCGAAGGCACAUGGAUGGAAACUCCUAGUUUUAUGCAGUGUUCUGAUAUAUGGGUCUCACUCAGUUCUCCUGAAUCUCUGUAAAGAUGAGACCGGUGUAAUUCCAUUCAACUCAGCUGCUGUCGUUCUUUUGACUGAACUAACAAAGCUGAUGCUCUCUCUAGCCCUUUUGAUUCCUGAGUUGCUUGCCCAAAGAAGAGCCGGCAUCAGGGAGUCUGAUCGCAUGUUGCCUGUGAGGGACAGCUGGGUGUUUGCCCUCCCUGCUUUAUUCUAUGCUGUUAAUAAUAAUCUGGUGGUCUGCAUACAGCAUUACAUGGACCCAGCAAGCUUUGAGGUCUUGAGCAAAAUUAAGAUAGCUAUAACAGCUAUCCUGUACAGGGUGGUGUUGAAGAAUCAGCUUUCGACUAAGCAGUGGUUGGCUAUAGCUGUUCUCUUCAUCGGAAGCAUGUGUAAUAGUUUUGGAGCUAUUGCUUCACGACAGAGCUUGAGGGCAUCCCCCAGUGAAGUAUACAUCACUCUAUCAGGCCUGUUGAUGUUGUUAGCUUACUGCACCAUCUCAGGUAUGGCAGGGAUCUACACAGAGUACAUCCUCAAGAAGCAAAAACAGGUAUCAUUAAGUCAACAAAAUGCUUACAUCUACAUGUAUGGCAUUGCAUUCAACUUCAUCGGGUAUAUCAUGACUACCUCAUCAGACCAAAACGUAGGGUUCUUCCAUGGAUUCAAUCAGUGGACAUUGGUUGUUAUUCUUACACAGGCAGUGAAUGGUCUAAUCCAGGCGUUCCUUAUGAAGCAUGGAAACAGCAUAAUCCGUCUCUUCAUCAUCGCCACCGCCAUGUUGGUUGCUACGGUCUUAUCAGUGCUAGUCUUCUCUCUCCAACUCAAUUCCUUCUUCUACACAGCUUUCAUCUCGAUGGCCUUUGCUCUGUGGCUGUACCACGGUUGAUUGAGUUACAUCCUUAAAGAGAAGGUUGAGUUCUGGGAAGAGCGAGUGAAAAAUUAUUUG